CGCUCUGCUACUGGAAGCUAGCAGCACCAGCUCAUCAGGAUGGGUUUUUUUUUACUGGUUCUGAUUCAAACAGUAAAGAAACUGGUUCUCUAAGUGGAACUUUUGGAUCAUUCAUUAUUAGACAGAAAGUUUAGAGAGUUAAGACGACCCACACGUCUACUGAGGUCCAGUUCCCAGUCCUCUGCUGGUAAUUGUUCUAAUUAAACAAAGGCUGAAUGGCAGACUGAGGUUUCAGUCUGAAAGUCUCAGAGCAGCUGAGCAGGAAGACAUCUGAGCCUAUCUAGACCCGACACGCUUCCUGUCCAGGAGGAGGUGCUGGCUGUGAAGACCGAUGCCAGAAAUCUGCCAGCAGAGCUACUGGGAAGGAGAGAACGAGGAGAAGGUCCACAGGAAUAGGUGGAAAGACCAGAAGAUGUUUUAAAGACUGGAGGACACAUCAACUACUGCUGAAAGGAGAGAAAUUAGUGAAUCAGAAGCUGAGCGAUUCACGUGACAUCAUCACCAGAGGGGGAGGAGCCUGUGGUAAUGGAGUUCUGCAGCUGGUGGGGUUCCCUUUGGAUGGCCGUCUUCCUGCUGAACGAUGCCUCCUGCGACUUGUCUUCACACCGUAGAUACAUCCUCAGCCAAAAGGAAGUGACCUUUGACCGGGCCGUGACGGACUGCUCCCCUGGUUUUCUGCCCCAAAUGGCCACCAAACAUGAGGUCCAGGAAAUCCUUCAGUUCCUCGACCAGUCAAUGGUUAACAUGACGGUGUGGAUUGGGCUGAGGAAGCCCAAAUCUGAAUGCACUGUCGAUUCAAAGCCCCUAAAAGGGUUUAAAUGGGUAGAAACCGGCAGCCAGGAGUGGAGCUUCACCUACUGGCUGAAGGAGCCAAAGCUCACCUGUACAGAGGACCUCUGUGGAGCCCUGAGGAGACAGGUAGUCCAGUCACAGGUAACUUUGGGUUUAAUUCCAGACAGCUGUAAAACUCCCUACCACUUUAUCUGCAAGCUAAGGGAUGGACAACCCGGACCCUCUCUGGAAAUCAGCCAGACCACCAUGAGACCAGUUCCAGCAGACCCCCAACCCAAACCAACUACGGCCAUAACUAGUCCUCCGACUGUAAGAUCCGACCCAACAUCCCAGCCCAACAGCCUGACAUUAGGGCCGGAGUCCUGUGAGAACCAGAACCCCAAACAUCCCAGCAUCCGUUCCCUGACUGCCGAUCCCAGUAACAGCAGCAGGGUUUUGGUGGAGUGUUGGUCCGAGGUGAAGGUGGAGGUGGUUUGUUCAGGUGUUCCUGCCGUUUGGCGAGUGUUGAACGGCUCCCUGGCUGAUUUCAGCGUCCUCUGCCAGUGCGAGGCAGGCUUCCAGGAGGAGGACUCUGGGCUUUGCGUGGAUAUAGACGAGUGCAGCACUGGGAGCCCCUGCCAGCACACCUGCCUAAACACCCAGGGCUCCUACAGGUGUGUCUGCGGGGCGGACCAGGACUCUCCGUGUGAGCAGGACGUUCCACCAGCCAAUGGCAAGAUGUCGUUAUCACACGUCCUGAUCCCAGUACUGGCAGUUGUUGCUGUGCUUCUGGUAAUACUGGCAGUGGUUGUUGUGGUGAAAUGCUGUUUAAAGAGGCGUGAGAAGAAGAAGAGGACCAAACCAUGAACCAGAUGGGAUCAUAGAAGGCCAUCUGGACGAACAUUAACCUUCAUUAACGCCAUGUAAUCCGCCAAGAAGACGUCUCACCUUUCCUGGCGUCCCUAUGAAAUGUUUUUAAAAUUCUUUUCCAGCUCCUCUGUACCUCUGUAACCUGCUCCACCCUGAUUUUUCUCUUAGGACUCUGAGAUCAUCUGAGCAGCUUCUGUUGGUAAAAGCUACAAACCAGACAGGUUUGUCCUCUCCCUGGUUUAAAGUCUCUAAAGCCACAAUCAUUUCUGCUGUUUGCUGUUCGUUCUAGUUUCUCUCUUAUUUUACUGUAGUUUUCCUAGAAGCUUUUCUUCUGCUUUUAUUGUUUUUACUGUUGACUUAAAUUGAUCUUAAAUAUGCUCAAUAAAUAAAGUGGAUCUCGAUUUGAGAUCCCAUGCUGUGAA